UAUUAAACUCCACAAAGAACAAAGAACAAACUCUGAAUCUCAGUUUUAAUUAUUUUCUCCAUGCAACGUUCAAUUUCCUCAACCAAGAAUGUCUACAGUAAUCUCCUUCACUACCAGAAACCACCAACUGCCGCCAUGAUCACACGUCAGCAGCCACCUUGCGAUGUUUUCAUUAACCAUCGUGGAAUUGACACAAAGAAGAACGUCGCCGGACUUUUGUAUAAUCAUCUCACGAGGUUAAGAUUAAGGCCUUUCUUGGACAGCAAGAAUAUGAAACCAGGCGAUAAAUUGUUCAAUAAAAUUGAUACUGCAAUCAGCGGAUGUAAAGUUGGAGUUGCGGUUUUCUCUCCCCGGUAUUGUCAAUCCUAUUUUUGCUUGCAUGAACUGGCUCGUAUUAUGGAGGCUAAGAAGAAGGUUAUACCUGUUUUUUGUGAUGUUAAACCAUCGGAGCUUAUGAUUAAGGACAACGGGAGGUGCCCAAAACAUGAGCUAGAUAGGUUUCAGUCGGCUCUUGAAGAGGCUAAGUACACCGUCGGCAUAACUUUCGAUUCAUCAGACGGGGACUGGCCGGGAUUUUUAACGACAACGACCGAAGCGAUUCUGGAAAACUUGAUAGAGGUGGAAGAGGAAGAGCAACACCAAAAAUUAAUUUGUGAAGUUAACUGAUAAUGCAAAUACUGACAAAUUAGCCAUGCAUAAAAUGUACAAUUUAAUUUCAUUUAACUUAACUUUCAUAUAACAUAAAUAAAUCUAAUUAAUCAAUUCAUUUAAUUAAUUUAUUUAUUCUUUUUGUAUAUUUACAUAAAAAUACAUUGUAAUGUUAA